UAGUAAAUAUUUAAGGAUUAGAUGUAGGAAAAACAGGGAAACCAAUUCCCAGGCCCCAGCACAGAAAUAUAGCAGCCCUAGCUUCUUUCAGGUCAUCGUUCAAGCCCCAAGGCCCUUACUCACUCUCUCUCUAUCUCCUUCUCCUUCUCGCCGCUCAGGAGUUUGACUUUAUUUAACUUUAUUUUGGAUGGCAACAAGGCCGGAUAUAGAUGAUGACGAUUUUAGUGAAAUUUACAAGGAAUACACUGGCCCUCCAGGAUCUGUUGCCAAUAAUGCGCAAGAUAGCUCAAAAGCAAAUAAGAGGUCCCAUGCAGGCUCUGAUGAGGAAGAGGAACCUCGGGACCCAAAUGCUGUGCCAACUGAUUUCACUAGCCGAGAAGCUAAGGUUUGGGAAGCUAAAUCAAAAGCUACAGAGCGAAACUGGAAGAAAAGGAAAGAAGAAGAAAUGAUUUGCAAAAUAUGUGGAGAAUCAGGCCACUUUACUCAGGGAUGCCCCUCCACUCUUGGAGCAAAUCGCAAGUCUCAAGAUUUCUUUGAAAGGAUUCCUGCAAGAGAAAGGCAUGUAAAAGCCCUAUUCGCUGAGAGAGUGAUACAGAGGAUUGAAAAGGACAUUGGCUGCAAAAUUAAAAUGGAGGAGAAAUUUAUAAUUGUUAGUGGCAAGGAUAGGUUAAUUUUAGCGAAAGGUGUUGAUGCUGUGCACAAGGUCAUUAAAGGGGAGGUUGAUCAGAAGGGUUCUUCUAGUUCCCACAAGAGCAGAUCUAGGUCACCUGAGCGAAGUCCUGUUGGAUCACGAUUGCGACGCUCUGAAUCCCAGAGGUCUUAUACAGGUCACUCGCGAGAUACUUCACAGUAUCAACAAAGGUUUGGUAGACAAGAUAAGAUUGUGGAAGAUCGCGUUCGUGAGGAUCUGCAGAAGUUUUCUAGGGGUUCUCCACAAGCUUAUGGUAAUGAUGGUGGUAGAAGUCGUUCAAGCCAUUCUAAAUCUCCUGCACUUCCCCCUUAUGCUGGCAACUCAUAUGGUUCAUAUGAUGGUCACAAUCACAGUGUGGGUGGUUAUAGAAAUGAUGGGUGGGAUACUGAGAGACAGGGACCUGAUUUGCAAUCUGGCCGUCAAUUUGAAAACUCGACCUUUCCUCAGAUGUUGGAAGAGCUAGAGUUGGAGUAUAAGAGGGAGGCCAUGGAACUUGGCAGAAUUCGUGAUAAGGAAGAAGAUGAAGAGAAUUAUAAGCAUCGUGAGACCAUCAGGGAGAUGAGAGAGAAUUAUAUGAAAAAACUGACUUUGCUGAGGAGCACACAUACAAGAAAGUGGGAGGAAUUUCUUCAACUUGAUGCUCAAAGGCGUCAACAGCAGGCACGGCAGCAAAUGCCCACAUCAGGUUUUGGUGGUUAUAAGCAGCACACUUUUUCUGACUAUGAUGGCUCCUCCACCAAUCCUCACUAUCCUGGGGCCGGUUUACCAAUGGAUUUGGGGGCCAGAUACCCAAAUCAUGUUGAAAAUUAUGCUUCAAGGCCUCAUGACAGUUAUGGUGAGUUCCAGCGUCAGAGGCGUGAAGAUUUUGGGAAAGCUUACAAUCAAUACUAAAUUCGUGUACUGAAAAUGAUUUUGGGUCCAGAUCAUGGUCAGUUAUGAGUAAUGCACAGGGGAGGCCCAAUUCUUGGUAAGCAUGUUAGAUAUUUAAUCAACCCUUGAGAGACCAGAAUGGUCUGACAGAUUUAUGAUGUGGUAGAAUUGAUUCUAUGUCAGCUAGUGGUUCAUUUCUGUUCAGAACUUCUUUGUUGUAUGAAAGUGGUUUAAUUUUCUUCAA